AUGGUGAAUUGGGGAAUCAUAUCAACUGGCGAUAACGCGACAAAAUUCGCCAAAGACCUCCUCAUCGACCCAUCAACAAGGGGCGUCCAAGAUGUCACCCACAACCUAGCCGCCGUCGCAUCCUCAACCUCACAGCAAAAAGCCCAGGACUUCCUCUCUGCAGUAAACGCACCGCCCAAUACAGUCGCUUACGGAUCGUACGAGUCCCUCCUCGCAGACAACAAUGUUGAAAUUGUCUACAUCUCCACGCCGCAUUCGCACCAUUUCCAAAAUGCCCGCGCCGGUUUACUCGCCGGAAAGCACGUCUUGCUGGAGAAGGCCUUCACCGUUAAUGCAGCUCAGGCGCGUAUUCUCGCUCAGCUCGCUCGUGAGAAGAACCUGUUCCUGAUGGAGGCAAUGUGGACGCGUUUCUUCCCACUUAUGCGGUAUGUUAGACAGCUCCUCAAAGAUGGGGCGAUUGGAGUUGUGCAGCGAGUAGUUGCGGAUCGAAAUUUAGGGAGAGACGUUGAGAAGCUCUAUGGAACGGAGCAUCGAUUGGUGAACCCUGGGCUAGCAGGUGGAGCUUUGCUUGAUUUGGCUAUAUAUCCCCUGACGUGGAUCUUUCAAAUCCUUUAUCAUGAUGGUCCAGUAGCUUCUGGUACUGUUAGGUCACGGCCACAUAUUUCUAGCUCCGUGGUGAAAUACACCGCGACAGGAGUAGACGAGACCGCUACUAUUAUUGUCACCUUUCCUGAAAGCCAAACGCAGGGUGUAGCGACUGCCAGCCUUCGGGUCACUUCGGACCCAACCGACCCCGGGGUGCGCAUCUUAGGGGAUAAAGGACAGAUACAGAUUUUUGGACCUGCUGCGCGGCCGUUGAGCAUUGCACUCGUUGCAUAUGGAGACGAGGGCCCAAAGCUCGUGGAGAGGAAGGACUUUGAGAUUCCAGUUGGACAUGGAUUGUUCUGGGAGGCGGACGCCUGUGCUCAAUACUUGGUUGAAGGGAAGACGGAGUCAGACUUGAUGCCACUAGAAGAGACACUGCUGAUUAUGGAAGUCAUGGAUAGGGUACGAGAGGAAAAUGGGAUCAAGUAUCCGGAUGAGGUGGAGGCACACUAA